CGUGGAGUAGUCGUGGAGGAGAGUCUGCAAGACUCUAUUCAUCGGCACUUUGUUCCCUCCAUCGAGAUCGGUUUGAUAACGGUUUUAAAUGGAUUAGUUUCACGAAAUCAGAUUUGGUGGGAGACAAGAUGCCUGGCCUCGCCCGUGGCUACCUCAACCCGCUUCGGUGGCGUCUUGCAUGUGCAAGUAGUGGACGAGGCGACAGUGACCAUGGCAAUCCGCCGUGUUGCGAACUGUUUCCCUGAUGGUCCCAUCGACAUGGUGCCUGGUACUGGCAAUCUGCAUUCACCCAUCAGUCCAUCCACACUCACAAACGGCGUCUCAAAAGUUGGAAGACGAUGCCAACAAUUUGGCAUGUUGUCCGUGAUGCGAGACCUACUGUGGGUGGAAUCACUGGGGUGUCAGUUAAAGCUAGGCCGCAACGCUGUACGUUGGGCGUACGAAUUCACGCCCUCUUCCCAGCUCAAGCCUCAGUCGUGCGAACUCCUCACGGCACUUUUGACCCUGUCGGGUCAACUGGCCAGCGCCCCAUACGCGAAGAGCGUGAAUGGAUUCCUUGACAAAUUCUCUAGGCGGUGGAGAAACGCGGUCGGGUCCUACCUGCAGCUUUCCAAUCGCCUGGUGUCUGCGAAUUUCUCACGAAUUGCUCAUGAACUACAGCAGUUGCCCACCCACAUGCGCUCUCUUAGUAACGAUAGCUCGACAUGUGACGUGGCGACUCGUCUGUGA